ACGGAAAGAAGAGUCGACUUGUUCCUGAAAAGUGCCGGAGGCCCGGUCUUAGCUUUCAAUUUUUGUAAGGUUUUUAGGAUUUUUAAAUCAUUUGAACAUGUCUAAGAAUACGGUGUCUGACCGCUUUAGAAAGGUAGAUGUGGACGAAUACGACGAGAACAAGUUUGUCGACGAAGAAGACGGCGGAGAAAACCAAAUAGGUCCGGAUGAGGCUGAGGUGGAUUCUCUAAUAAGACAAGGAAACCUGAUGGGGGCGCUUCAGGCGGUGCUGAAAAACCCACCAAUCAACACCAAGAACCAGAACGUCAAGGACCGCGCUGAGGGCCUUGUCCUAAAAGUCCUCACGGCUUUUAAGAGUAGCGACAUAGAAAAGGCGGUGCAAUCUCUGGAUAAAACUAAAGUGGACCUCCUCAUGAAGUACAUCUACAAAGGCUUCGAACGGCCCUCGGAGAACAGCAGUGCAGUCCUGCUCCAGUGGCAUGAAAAGGCUCUUUCAGCAGGUGGUGUGGGCUCCAUCGUCCGAGUGCUCACAGCUAGGAAAACCGUGUAAUUCUUGCCAUACCAUCAUCUGGGCAGCGCUGGCACAGGGAUUGGCUGGUACAACCCCCUCCCCCAGCACUGGACCCCUGACUACACUGUGGAGGACUUCCAGUCUAAUGCUAUUUUUGCUCCUUCUCUCUCUCUUUCACCCUCCUGUUAUACUCCUCCCAUAUUUGGGUUACUCACAUUCCUGCAGUGACAACAAAGCAGAGCAGCUCAGAUUUGUAAACAUAUUGAAUAGUCAGAGGGAAUGCAGUGGUACUAUACAGUCAAGGACCCCAGCUGCUCCAGUUCUCAAAUUGCUUACAACCCAAUGGACUCUUGAAAUGGCUUCAGUUAUACUAAAAGGUAUAUGCGAUAGGGCUGACUGUGGACUGUUGUGUUGUUUUUCCACCGUGUCAUGUAAAAUGAAAAACCAUACAGUCUGAUGCUAUUAAAUUACAUUUUCACAGGGGUCACUUUACACUAGUGCUUCUCAGAUGGGGCAAAGCACCCCAAAGUGGUUUCUCCAAUUCAAUCACAUCUAACUGUAUUCCACCUGUCAUGCUUAAUGGCCUACUCAUAAGCUUUUCUUUGUUUAUGUUGCCAAAAACAGGCCAGUUUCCCAGACAUGAAUUAAGCCUACACAGACUAAACUGCAGUGCUACUGUUCCUUUCCUGUAGUCUAGACUAAGACUAAAUAUGUGAUUAGGAAGCUGAUCCUCCUUGACUAUAGCUAUAGAUUUUGGUGUUAUUCUUUCUGCCAAGGUUUUGACUGUGUUAGUGGCAAUCUGUUCCUUAGGAAUGCUAAUUUAGAAUCAGUUCAUUUUUUCUCUUCAAAAGACCAAAACUGAUUCAAGAUCAGCAUUUAAGACAUUUGAUCAUUAUAGGCCAGAGAAUAUUGUCCAGAAUGAUGACCAGUUUUAUGUGCAUCGUGCUCUAUUAUAAUGUCAUAAUUAUUGAACAGCAACAAGUCUAAGUUUCACUUAUUUGUUAGGACAGAGGUUUUCAUCAUUGGCCAUAAUUUACAUCAGAGCAUGCAGUGUGUGUGUGUGUGUGUGUGUGUGUGUGUGUGUGUGUGUGUGUGUGUGUGUGUGUGUGUGUGUGUGUGUGUGUGUGUGUGUGUAAAAUUGUGUUUACUUUGAAAUUCCUCAAAAGUACUGUACUAUAUGCUGUAGCUAAACAUUCCUAUCCCAAGUCUGUAUUACCAAGGAAUGUAAAUGCUGUUUUUAGCAGCACAGUACAACCUUGCUCAAGUGUUUUGAACAAGCCAUAACUGAACCAACUGAGGUGGCCACAUCCAUCUGAUUCUAAUUGUGAGUUGGGGUAUGAGACUUUGGGGUGGUGCAUAUAACCCAUUUGAUCAAGUGCAAAUUUAACAAAUUAGUUUACCAACUGCCUUAUGAAAUACUCCUUUUAUAAUGUGUGGUCCAUUUGGAAGCAAUAAAAGUUAUAACAAGC